UCAGGGGUAAACAGCGUUGCAGGCCGAUACAGUACAAUUGAAUUACACAGUGACCAGUUCUUCAAACAUAUAAAAACAAGUAUUUGUUAAGUACUUGAGUAUUCUACUUUACUCCACUACAAUUAAUUAACUGGAAAUAAAAAAUCUAAAAUAUUGAAUUUGCAUAAUUAAACAUACACAUAUAUCUGAUAUAGCAACUCUUUUCUCCAAAAUGGCUCUUUGAGAAUUAUCUCACUUGUCAUAGUUAAGCUUUUAGUGACUGGUGUUGGUGACUCGAGCAGAGAUGGUUUAUGAGGAAAUGCUGCAGCUGAACACUGACCUGGACUUUGCUUUUGUUUUAUGGCUCUGAGCUGCUGAUAUGUUGACGCCCAGUGAUCACUUUUGUUUGCUCGGGUCUGCGGUCGCCUCAGUCUUUGUCUCUGGAGGCAGUGGAUUUAUUUGGUGGCGCUCAGUUCUUCUAAGAGAUGUCUAGGUACCACAAGGCAGCGAUCGAUGGCUACUUGGACCUUUUGAAGGAGGCCACAAGGAGGGACCUGAACACUGCGGACGAAGAUGGCAUGACUCCCACCCUGCUGGCUGCCUUCCACGGACAUGUCGAUGCUCUUCAGCUCAUAUGCAGCAGAGAAGGAGACCCCAACAGGAGCGACAUCUGGGGAAACACUCCACUGCACCAUGCUGCAGCCAAUGGCCACAUGCACAUCCUCAGCUUUCUGGUCAACUUUGGUGCCAACCUUUUCGCACUGGACAGUGAAUUCCACACAGCCAUGGACGUUGCCGCUUCUCGUGACCGCAUGGACUGUGUGCGUUUCCUAGACGCCUCAGCCUCACAGCAGACCAACCAAAACCCCAAGAAGGUUGCCACUCUAAAGAAGGAAGCCAUUAAGGAGGCGGAGAAACGAGUGAAACUCUGCGAGAAGGUGAAGAAGAAACACCAGAGCAAGAUGGAGAAGAUGCAGCGAGGAGCAGGCAACACCGGGUCUGUGUCAGAGGCCAGCAUGGCAUCGUCUUUCUCAAACAGUGGCAGCAUGUCGGGCCCCAGUGAACAGUUCUCCGAGCUUAUUAAGGUUAAUUCAGGCUCUAUUUCAGCCAGGGUCAAAGGCACCCUCCAGAGGAAGCUUGGGAAGAAAGAGAAAGGGACAGUGCAGAGAUCAGGAGGAGAUGGGAACGUCAUCUUCCUCAAGCCGGAGAACGGAGCAUCUGAGAAUCCUGAUUUUCUGGGUGUCUUCAGCGAGGAGGAUGAAAACAUAUCCGAUGAAGAAGGACUGGGAGGAUUUGAAGAUGAUUACAGUGAAGAAUCAGGCCAAGUCAAACAGUCCAUCUUCAACCGGCCCGGGCUCGGAGGUCUGACUUUCAUGAAGAAGAUGGGGCUGGAGUCCGAUGACCUGCCCAGCGGGAACAAUGAAAACCUUGGCUACCUCAUUCAGACCAAGCAGUACGAGGAGGAGGAAGAUGCGGGUGGCUUCGAGGGGAUGGGUGACACGGAUCUGCCCUGGGAACAGGAAAAUCUGGGCCUUGACGAUGAUGAAGAUGAUGAAACUUCUCCUCUGGAUGCGUUCUUGACUGCCAUGUCCUUGCCAGAGUUUGCCCCCGCCUUCAACCGAGAGCAGCUGGACCUGGAGGCGCUCAUGCUUUGCUCUGAUGACGACCUGAAAGGCAUUCGCAUCCAACUCGGACCCAGGAAGAAGAUCCUGGAAGCGGUUGCUCGCAGAAAGAAUGCCCUGGAGACUCCAGGCAUCAUGAAGGACAGCUGCUUGUGAUCCAAUAAAACAUGAACAGUGAUUUAUGUUUAUGUUUGAAACUUAAAGAGAGACAUUAUUUUUAAUUUUCUAUAUAAGACAAAGAUGAUUCAGCAAACUGUUUCCCUAAAAGCACUUCACAAAUUCAACAGUAAUCAAAUUUAUAUAGUUAUUUAAAGAGUAUUCUUGAUACAAACAACAUGUCAAGAUGGUUUGUUAUCUGGUUUUAAGGGAGAAGAAAACUGUCAUUAUUUAAAACAAAAAAAUCCAAAAUAAUAUAUCUCUGAUGUAAUGUUCUCUGAAGCAAAUACUGUGUGUGUGUUGGAUAAAUAAAACUCAAUGUGUAUUUAAAUAACACAGACUCACAUUAUGGCAACAAAAAAAAAAAAAAUCCUAGUGUGGCCAAGGUAAUGUACACACAACAAAUUUGAAUUCACAUGAAAUCACAAGCAUAAAUUGACACUGCUUGCCCAGACAAGACUAAAGGCCAUGCCAUGGUGCCAGUUUAUUUAUUACUCAACAUAUUUACUUUGUAUAUGUUCCCUUUCAUUUAGAUAUAUGGUGGAUGGUCUUACUUGUAAUUAUUUUCCUAAAAACAAAUUAAAAACAAUUUCAAAAUUGUA